AUGCGUGAAAUUUUCGUAUCAAAGACUUACGCUUCGAAGUCGGUUCUCAUAACCGGAGCAACUGGAUUUUUAGGAAAAGUUUUAGUAGAGAAAUUACUCAGAGAUUGUGAAGAAAUUGACAAAGUUUACAUUUUAUUACGACCGAAAAAGGAUGAAAGCAUUACAAAAAGAUUUGAUGAUUUUAAAAGCUUGAUUGUGUUUGAAAUUGUGAAAAGAAAGAACCCAAAAAUAUUUGAAAAGUUGAUUCCUAUUGAAGCUGAUUUGAUGAUAUCACCAUUGGCUGGGAUGUCUGAUGAAGAUGUAAAUAAACUAAAGAAAAAUGUCAGUUUCGUGUUUCAUUGUGCAGCUUCUGUGAAGUUUGAUGAUCCAUUAAAAAAUGCAAUUCAGAUGAAUACAAUCAGCACUCGCAACAUGCUUGAUUUAGCUGAAACAUUUGAUAAUCUUCAAGCAUUUGUUCAUGUUUCAACAGCUUUUUCCAAUACGAAUCAGAAGGAAAUUUAUGAGAAAAUUUACGAGCCAAUUUAUGAUUAUAAAACGAUUAUAGAAAUUGUUGAAGGAAACAAAAUUGACGAGCUUGCAGUUGUGAAUGAAUUUGCAAUGCAAACAUUUCCAAACACUUACAUUUUCUCAAAAAACUUGUCGGAAAAGCUUGUGUCUGAUCGUUCAAAAGACCUUCCGAUAACAAUUGUGCGACCUUCAGUGGUAUGUCCAUCAUUUAUGGAACCAUAUCCAGGAUGGGUUGACAGUAUGAAUGGUCCGAUGGGAGUCUUGAUUGGAGCAAGUUCAGGAUUUCUUAGAACAGUUCAUGGAAAUGGAAAUAUCAAACCAGAUUUGAUUCCUUGUGAUUUCGUUGUCAACUCACUCAUAGUCGCUGGUGCUUCAGUUGCGUCAGUCGAGAAUAAAGAAAUUAAAAUCUACAACUGCACUUCAAGUAAACAACUUCCAAUAUCGUGGAAUGAAUUCUUACAAUUGAGUCAAGAUAUCUACAAAGAUUAUCCUGCAAUGAAAGUUAUUUGGUAUCCCGGUGGUCGGAUGUGUUCCAAUUACUACUUUUAUUUGAUUUACUUUACAAUUUUUCAAAUUCUUCCUGCAUGUUUCAUUGAUUUAUGUAUGUUGCUUACUCGCAAGAAAACUUGGGCAUUGAAAUUACAAAAAAAGAUUUUUGAGUCACUAAAAGUUUUCGAAUAUUUCUUGAAUUCAUCAUGGGAAUGGGACAAUAAAAAUUUUCAAAUUCUCUUCAAAUUGAUUUCAUUAAACGAAAGGUAA